AAAACUAAAAUUGUUAACUUUUUAAUUUUGUGGAAAAACGAGUUAAAAUGGGGUUAAAAGUGACUUCAAUUUGUUUCAAUACCUAAAAAUACAGAUUCGUGACCACGGCGUUCAAGGAACUAAAAGAAAACUAAUAAGAAACCCACGCAAAAUAUGUUGGCCCCCAACGUCUUCGACUUCACCGCCACCAAGUAAAAGGAGUGCAGCUGAGUGGGAAAGCUGGAAGUCCGCACCACACUGUCAUAGCCCCGUGAAGUGAUCCCAGCUUAGCCAUGGGCAAGCAUAGAACUGCACAGCAAGAUGCCAUAUUCAUCGCCUUUAUGGAGAGGCACCCAAUGAUAGCCAAAAAUUACAUCAAGGGUGAUAAACUGGCUGCGGAGGCUGCAUGGAAGCGCCUUUCAAAGGAACUAAAUAGCGUGGGCCCGCCUGUGAAAGAAGCUUGUGAGUGGAAGAGAGUAUGGAAAGACUGGAAAAGCUGCAUUCGUAAAAAGAUUACCAAUAACAGGUUAGAGGAUUCAAAUGCCAGCGGCAAAGGCUCGCUGUAUCAGGACACACUCACAGCUCUAGAAGAUGCAGUGGCCGUGAUCUGUGACUUGUAUGAUAUGGCAGACAGCGUGGUUGAGUCUCGUCCAAAGGCACGUCCGGAAAUGUCCAACAGUUUGCAAUUGCACAACAUCAAGACCGACCAGGAUGAGGUCACAACCACAGAUGAAGAUGAUGAGGAAGAUGACGAAUGCGCUAAUCGGGGCAAUGUUAGACGUAUGGGUGAGAAAAUGGAACAGCUCAUUAGGACUUCGAAAACUCCUGCUAAAAAGAGAAAGCUGGUUCAUAAUGAUGUAAGUGCAUUCGAAAUUGGAAACGAAAGCGCGGUGCCGAUGCUAUUGGACAUGCGAUUCCUCAACUUCCUGAACUUAUCUGUCUGA